AUGUUCGGGUUGAAGACCUCCACUCUCAUGUUCUUCAUUUGGACGUGGACCACGGCCGCGGCAGCUUCUUCCAACCUUACCAUCCCAUCUUCAUGGCAGGGCACAACAUCUAAUGUCUCUCGUAGCUCGCGUGAGGCAUUCGCACAUGAUGCAGCUACGACACUCCUCGGUCACGUUAAUCCAAGCAUUCAAAGCUCAGAUCUUCCCUGGAGCGAUUGGAUCACCGACGCAUUCGCGGUCCUUGCGCUGCAGGACUACUAUAGCGGGAACUCUUCGUGGAACAAUGUUGUGGCAGACGGUCUACAAACAUACUAUCGGCAAUAUGGUCUUUACUGGAAGGGUCCAAGAUUGAACAGCGAUGCUAUCUACUGGGGUCUCGCGUUCUUCUACGCAUACAGAACUUACAAACAGCAACCCCUACUUGACCUUGCUAUAGCAGCAUACAACGCGACCUACACGAAUGCAUUCAUCACUGCUGAAGCGGCAGCCAGCGGUACAGGUGCAGGGCGUAACGUAUCGCUCACACCGCCCGUGGGAUGCACGAAUCGUGAGACACUGCAAGUAUCAUACGUUACCAGCGCUGAUAGCCUUCCAGAUUCGACGUAUGGGGGCGUAUUCUGGAUGGUGGACGUCAAGAAUGACACUACAAUCAACUCUGAGACGAUCUCACCGUUCAUGGCACUCUCGGGGUAUCUGUACGAGGAAACGCAGGAUUCCAUAUAUGCUCAAGCAGCCCAAGCAUCCCUCGACUUCAUACUCAACUUCCUGUGGAAUGGGACCGUCGUACACGAUUCGUUCACACUCAGCUCCUGCGCUUUACAGCAGACUGAGUUCCUCACAUAUAACCAAGCCUGGUUCAUUGAAGGCUUGUCUGUGUGGGCCAACGUGACCAAGAACGAUACGCUGACAGAACUCCUGGGGGAAGUCAUACCAAUUGUCACAACGUACCCUGCCUGGUCUUCAUCUGAUGGCGUGAUCAGCGAAGCAUCACAAACCGUCGCCAACCACAAUGCCCUAACCGAUCACGAUGUGAUAUACAAGGGCAUACUUAUCCGCGGCCUUUCUGAAGCUCGCCUGCGCAACCCCGGUACGGAUCUGAGCCGGUAUAUUGAGGCGUAUGUGACGGUGCAGUUCAAUUCUAUCUUGGACAACGCCCUCUAUGUCGCGUCGAACAACAGUUUCUAUAGUACAUCGUGGUACGGUCCAGCGGAGCAAACCUUCAGUGCCGUUGGAAACAUGGCCGCUCUUGAUGUUCUGAAUACCGCCUUCAACUUUGUCUCACCCACAACGCCAUCCGGUGCAACAUCCCCACGCGAAUCGACCACUAGCUCUGUAUCCCCGACUGCAUCGGUAGCGACGAACAGGCAUCACGAAGUGAGCGUCGUUGUCGGAAGUGUGGUGGGUUCGGCCAUUGCGGCGCUUGUGUUCAUCGGAUCCUUUCUGGUUUGGCGCCGCCACCGCCAUCAUCGCGCCGACGAUGUGCUCGACCCGCGCGCAGAUUUCAACAACGCAAACGACCCCGAGCCAUUUGUUUUAGCGGUGUCCGAAGUCCACUCCUCAAAAUGGGAGCGCUUCUACGCUACAGCCCGUGACCAGCCAAUUUUACCCGCCACCUCAUCCGCGAGCGCCGGCUCCGAGGGUGUACAUGGCGUUGAACCUGGAGAGACGCUGGAUGGGGAAGGCCACGAUAGGGCGCCAAGGCCACGCAACACUGACAUAGCGGAGAUACCGACGCUUGUUCGGCGACUGAAUGACUUGCUGCAUGGUCAUCCAGAUCUUCCUCCGCAGUAUGAGCAUUGA